CCGAGUGUAUCAUCCGGAACUCGACAGUUCUGGACACACGGAAGAUGUAAUUGGGAUUUCAACAGGUCGCGGCUAUGCAUACAGAUAUGAGAGCAUGCCACCUUGCCUGCAUCGCCUUGCACUUCCACUAUGGAAAAAAAAUCCUGAAGGCAUCGACGGCACAAGCGAUCACAAUAUAUCCACAUAUCUGAUUGAUUCGUCACUAUUGACUGUCUGCCAAGAAUCCAGAUCUCUAAUGAAAAGGGUUUUUGAGACAAACGACACGUCUAGGAUGGGCUUCCCCCGAUCAAGGACUGGUUAUUACUUCUCAGGCGGUGCCCCGUUACAUAUCACGAUUUAUCUUCAGACGGACCUCAUUAUCUUGCAGUUUGAUGGCAUGAUUAACUUCAACUGGGACUUUCUCGGCGAUCUGUUCCUUCAUCAGAGAGGUUUCAACAUAGGCAUCGAGUACAACCAGAAAUGGGCCAUUGAACCUUAUGAGCAAGACGAAGAUGAAGAUGAAGAUGACGACUCGAUUUCUCUCGCUUUUCAUAAACUGUUCGAGCUUGCUGAAGAAUGGGUAAUUCUUGGUAUAUGGCUGAUCGAUCACAACCUGAAAAGGCGAAAGGGAUCCCCCUCUCAAAAGGACAGCGUUAAAAGCGGCUUCACAUCUCCGCAUCUCUCUAAACCAUUCUAUACCAACGACAGAAAGUUUCUCAAAGUCAACCUCGAGCAGGGGGAAGAGUGCUUAGAUCAUUGGCAAUAUUUAAAGCCAAUGCAUGAGGGGGACUAUCAAAAGUCUUCUCUCUAUUUUGCAGAUCGACUUCGACAACGAGUUUACGAUUUCGCCGUUAGAGACCAUGGUGACGCCCAUCAUUUUUCAUGCUACUCUGGUCUACUUGGGUGGGAUGACCUUUGAGUACUAGGUAUAUAGGUCAUGCACUUACACGAAUUCUUGUUCAUGAUGGAGUCGUAUGAAAGAACCGAGAUACUCAGAUAACUUUCGAAAUGUUUGAGCAAUAAACCUCGAUCUCAUCCCCAGAUAGCCGAAGAACUUCUCGAGUUGUUCACUUUGCAGCACUUCCCUUCAGACAAUGAUACCAGAUCCGGACUGCAAGAAUUGGGGUGAAAGCAUAGUUCUGUGGCAUUGUACAAAGCAUAUUCAGUGAUACCAAAUCAAGGAUCAGGCUUCUUGAACUUGUAUUCGCUCUCUUGGAUAUCAAGUUCUGUGCUUGUGGAUCAGGACGGGCUCGAAAAGCUG